AUGACCUUCAAAGGGGCACUCUUGCCGCUGGUGCUACAGCUGCUCGCCUCAUCGGUAGCGCUAGCAAGCCCCACACCCGUCUCUCCACAACGUACCUUGCUGGAACGCGAUAAUGCAACCCCGGUCGCAUCCGCAGCUGCGUCGAAAGAGACUCCCGGAUUUGUCAACAACGGCACGAUUGGCAGCUACCCUUGCCUGUACCAAUCGCAGAUGGAGGACUCGCAAUUGACCUUUGGUGCCGGCUCGACUGUUCCUGGUACACAGUGUCCUGGUGCGCUUCCCGCUGUCUACCCGCACAACCGCAUCGAACUCCGUGCUCCCGACGACUCGAUUCGUGCCACCUUCCAACCUUACGGAUCCAGUGUCACCGAGCUUUGGGUAAAGGAUCGUUACGGAGGCUGGAGAGAUAUCGUUCUCGGCUACGACAACACGACCAACUGGUCCACGGAUCCUAUCCACCCCAACUUUGGUCCCAUCGUCGGCCGAUACGCCAAUCGUAUCAAGAAUGGUACGUUUGAGCUCAACGGUCACACCUACCACGUGCCAAAGAACGAAAACGGUCUAGACAGUCUCCAUGGCGGAGAUAUUGGGUACGAUCGCAGCAACUAUACCAUCGCAAAGCUGUCUGCGGACGAGCUCGUGAUGGAACACACGGAUCCAGCAGGAUUCCAAGGCUUCCCCGGUCAAGUCAAGACAACGACCCGAUUCCAGCUGGGCUCUAAUGCGACGUGGCACAUUGAAAUCAACGCCACCGCUACCAAGGAGACGCCGAUCCUGCUCUCAUCUCAUGUCUACUGGAACCUGGACGCCUUCAACGAGACAUCCACCGCCCUCGACUACGUCCUUCACAUGCCCUAUGCGGACAAGUACGUAAAGACCGACACCAUCUUGAUCCCCACCGGACCACUCCCCUCCGUCCAGAACACUCCCUACGACUUCCAGUCACCCACACCUUUCUCUCAAAACUUCAACGACACACUCGGUGUCUGCGGAUACGGCUGCCAAGGCUGGGACUCGUGCUUCAUCAUGUCCAAGCCGCCGGGGUACAACACGAAGAAGCCCGCGGUGGAGAUGUACAGCAAGAGAUCCGGAAUCAAGCUGUCUGUUGUGACGGACCAAGCUGCUGUCCAGGUGUACACGUGCGACGGUAUCGACAGUCCUGCCAAGGGAAGCAUUCCGAGGAAACAGGUUCAUGGUGGCAAAGUAGGCGAGGACAUCGGAAGCGUCGUCUACGGUAAUCACGAAUGCGUGGUGUUGGAGAUGGAGGACUACAUCGAUGGCAUCAACAAUCCGCAGUGGGGUAGGAACCAGAUCUACGGUCCGGACAGACCGUACAAGUGGAAGUCGACGUAUACCUUUUCCAACGUUGAUGAGGACGGGAAGGAUCUUUGA